AUGUCUGUCACGCUCAUGCGAUUCAAGGAUGGUAAGCCUAAGCCUAUCAAGCUAUCUGUCUGGGACGCGUUCAAAGGUGUACCAAUUCCGAAGCCACGACCACACAGGAUUCACGCACUGACCAAGCACGAAGCCGAGGAAGCAAAGCCGCCAGAAGACGUACCUAAAGCUGAAGAGAAGAAGCCUGAUCUUCCCGAGUUCACAAUGGAGGAGGAUGCCAAGAUCAAAGAAAUGAAGGCGGAAAAUGCAACUUGGAACACGAUUGCUGAGGCUAUUGGCAAUGGCAGGACGAAGAAUGAUAUCAAAACGCGCUACAAGCAGCUCGAGUCCGGGGAUGAGCCGAAGCCAGAGGACAAGAAGGACGAUUCGAGGGUCAAGAAAGAUGAUGCCAAGGACAAGCAAGAAGAAGGCAAAAUACUGACCAAGAAGGAGAAGGCAGCGAAGAAUCGUGAACAAGGCCUCAAGAAGAAGCAAGAGGCGGCUAACGUGAAGGAGGCCGCUGACAAGGAGAAAGAAGCAGAGGAAAAGAAGGAGGAAGAAGAGAAGAAAGCUGAUAGCAAGGAAGAGGCCAAACCAGAACCCACGCCAAAACAGACAAAGCCCGCCGACGAAGCAAAAACAGAGGUCGUACCGGUCAACGCCAAACAGAAAUGGAUUGCAGCUGCCUCGAAGCACUUCGAUCGCACUGGUCAUCGCAUCACACCCGAGCAAGCUCGAAAGAUGGCGGAAUCUUCCACAUGA